AAUCAACCACAAGAAUUACAUCUGGAAUCACCGCAGAAGAAACAACAAUAGACUUUACUGAUGUACUAACUACUGAAAAUGCAUUGGGAUCCGCAACAACAUUCACACCUGAUGUAUCUACAGGUGUCACAAAAAAAUCAACACCAUUUAUAACAGAUUCAACAAAAGAAGUUUUAACAGAGGAAACUGAACUGUCAACUGUAGAAUUUACUGAUCAAUCAACUACAACCUCAACACCUCAGUCAACCACAGGAAUUACAGCUGGAGCCACCAUAAAAGAAACUAUUGUCUUCACUGAUGUACUAACCACUAAAAAGGCACUGGAAUCCACAACAACAUUCACAUCAGGAAUAUCUAAAAGUGUCACAUCUGAGAAUGAUUCAACUGCAGAGACUGAAUUGACAACUAUAGGAAUUACUAAUCAAUCAACUACACUCUUUACACCAGAAUCAACCACGGGAGCCCAAUCAUUCACUAAGAUUCCUGAUUUAUCGACUACUGAUUCUACAGAGGAAUACACAACAGGAAUAUCACAAGAAAUUACAACUAAAGGAAUUGCUGGUCAGUCAGCUUCAGCCAUCACAACAUCUAAAUCAACAGCUAUAGAUACAUCAACCAUGGAUAGUGCAGCAACACAACCUGAGGUUACCACAUCAAGAACUACAGCAAUUACAGAAGAAUCAGUGACUUCAGGGGAUAAUACACUGGCUACCACUGAGGGCUCCACCAUGCUUAUAAGUGGAACCACUAUCUCACAUGAAAGUCCUCUUUUCUCGCCACAAUCUACAGCACAACCACUAACAGUUGUAGUGGAACUCACCACUAAACCUACACUUGACACAACUGCAACUGAAUCUUCAACACCACCCCAGGAGACAAAGAGUAUGCCGACUACAGCCUUCACAAAUAACCAGCAUGUCAUUACUUCACAACACACACAAACUACAGACCAAUCUAUAACAAAUAUCCAAUCAACAAUGAGUACAUUGCAGAUUGAAACAGGUACAGCCCAGCCUACUUUCUCAACAACUUUCCAGACCAUAUUUGCUUCUCAACCAAAUCCAUCUGCAGUCCAACCUAAAACUAAUGCUCAAUCCACAAUUACUACACAACAACUUGCAACAGCUACAACCCAGCCUAUAUUCUCAGCAACUGCCCAGCCUACACAUGCAGCCCAGACCGUUACUUCACAAUCUACACAAACUGAAAUCCAACCUACAACUAAUGCCCAGUCCACAACUACUACACCACAACUUGCAACAGCUACAACCCAGCCUAUAUUCUCAACUGCCCAGCCUACACAUACAGCCCAGACCGUUACUUCACAAUCUACACAGACUGAAAUCCAACCUAUAACUAAUGCCAAUCCACAAUUUACUACACCACAACUUUGCAAAAGUUACAACCCAGCCUAUAUUCUCAACAAUUCCCCAGCCUACACAUACAGCCCAGACUGUUACUUCACAAUCUACUCAAACUGAAAUCCAACCUAUAACUAAUGCCCAAUCCACAAUUACUACACCACAACUUGCAAAAGUUACAACCCAACCUAUAUUCUCAACAGCUGCCCAACCUACACAUACAGCCCAGACUGUUACUUCACAAUCUACUCAAACUGAAAUCCCAACCUAUAACUAAUGCCCAAUCCACAAUUACUACACCACAA